UUUUUUUUUCUCUCAAAAGCAAUGCCUUUUAAAUAUUGAGGAAUGAUAAAAUAAUGGAUUUUUGGUAGUUGAUUGGCGGGAGAAGAGAUGGAGGAAAAUUUCUUAGAGAUGGAACAAAAACGCUGUCAAGUAUGUUUUAUUUCAGCCACCAUUUAUGGAGUUAUUUUAGAUAUUUGGGUGGGAUAAAAAGAGUAUGACAUCAUGGGCACAAGGUGGAUGCAUUUUGGCUGUCGUUUUGGUCUUUGAUGACUCUUUUGAAUCCUGGCCGUGAAAUGGUCUGAAAUGGAAAGUUGUCGAAUUGCAAGGCCCUGUAGUGGAUCCUUUAUGAUAAUAAGAAGUUCACUUGCAUCCCUUCUCCAUUCUCCGGUGAAUUAAGAUGGCAAACCCACAAGCAAGAGCCAACCUGGCCACACAAGCUCAGAGCCAGAGGAAUUUGAAGUUUUGCAAGGUCUUUGAUGCUAACAAGUACUUCAACAAACUGCAUAUUCCCUCAGCAUAUGCUUCAUAUAUGCGAGGAAAUUUGCCAGAUAGAGCAGUGCUCAGGGAUUGCGAUGGGAACAUGUGGGCUGUGGAACUUGCUAAAGUUGGAAGUGAGUGGUUUUUCCAAGAGGGCUGGGCCAAGGUGGUUCAAGAUAAUUUGAUUGAACAUCAAGACUUUCUUGUUUUCCUAUUUGAUGGUGAGAAAGUUUUUGAUUUCACAAUCAUUGGAAAUAAUUUAUUGGAAAAGGAGGGAGUUGGUAGUUUGAAGUUUCAGUUGGAGGUGGAAAAAGGAAACGGGAAUGGAGAGAAGGCACAGGAACUCAAUGAUAUGAAUGGAGACAAUCUGAUUGGGGAGAAAGAACAACCACUCAAUGGUGUGAAAAGAGACUUUCAGAAGUCAACAAGUCCUACCAGUGGCUCAAGGAAAUACAGAAGUGAAAAGAAUGGGCAAGAAGGCGCUUCAGCUAGUGAUGGGAUAAACAAGAAGGCCAGACAUGACUUGUAUGGUGCAAGCAUUUUCAGAUCAGGAGAGCAUGCCCUGCCUGAGAAUCCUUAUUUUGUCACAAGGAUUAGGACAAAGAGACAGAAUGCUUUGUUCAUUCCAAUUGAUGUGAUUAAGGAUUUCAGACUUGAUCUUCCCGAAAAUAUGACUCUACGUGACCCACUUGGGAGGACUUGGCCUGCAUAUCUUAGGACUUGGAAGGAUGGCCGAGCAUAUUACUCAGGUGGAUGGGACAACCUUUGCAAGGUUAACUCUAUUGAUGAGGAGGAUGAUUGUGUGUGUGAAUUUGUGCCUGGACGAGGUCCGGAGAAACCUGUGAUGCAGAUCCAGAUUAUCCGGCACAAGAAUGCUCCUGAAACCUGCGACUAAUCGUGUGUGAUGAAUAGAACGUUUAAUAGAAUUUGGUUUAACCAGCCUGAUAUUAAAAACAUUUUCAAUUUGUCGUCUUGAUGUUAUAAACUUUGAGGUGUUCUUUUAUCUGAAUUAGAAGACGUUUUCGAAGUAGCAAGUUUUUUUAUGUACUUGGUAGCAUUUCCCCCGCUGAUUUGCCAUAUAGUAUUCUCAAUUUGUGUCUA